GCAGAAAGUUUGGCUCCCACACCUGGAGCGGCGCGGGCUUGGAAGACCUGGCAGCCCGUGACUUGCGCAAGAUGGCGGCAGAGUCCAAGCAGAAGCAGCGACUUAAGAAGGCCAAGCAAGCAAAAGCUGGUGGUGACACCGGCAGCCCCAGCUCGGAGGGCGAGGGCCACAGCGACGGCUCCGCUGCGGGCGGCGCCACCAAGCAUGGCAAGCAGCCGGCCCAGAACGAGCAAAACACCGCAGUGAAGAAGCACCUGCUGACCUUGCAGUCGUCCUUCAAGACUGCGAU